AUGCAACAAGAAAUGGAACAAUUUGACGUCGCUGUCGUUGGACUUGGCGUCCUUGGAAGUGGUGCGGCCUACUAUGCUGCCCAGAAAGGUGCAAAAGUGAUUGGAUUUGAGCAGUUCGAGCUCGGUCAUGUCCGAGGAGCUUCUCAUGACACUUCACGCAUUGUCCGAACUUCAAAUUUUGCACCCGAAUACGUCGCCCUCGCCAAAUCAGCCUAUAAGGACUGGGCCGAGCUUGAAAAUGUGACCGGAUACAAGAUGUUAACGACGACUGGGGGUGUGGUAUUCUUUGCACCAGAUUCACCUACCCCGGCAAGUGAUUUCACGAGAAGCCUCGACAUUCAAAACGUCCCCUAUGAAACACUUGAUGCGCAAGAGGUAAAGAAACGAUGGCCCCAGUUCGACAUUGCUGAUAACGUCACUACUGUAUUCACGGCCGACUCGGGGAUCGCUCACGCCGCGAAGACUGUCAGCACUUUGCAAACGUUGGCACGGUCCCAGGGUGCCAUUCUGAAAGAUAAUACGCCUGUGCACCGCGUUACUCCCCAGGCCUCUGGUGGUGUUGUGAUUGAGACGCCAAAGGGACGAUUCUGGGCCAAGAAAGUGAUUCUCACCACAGAUGCAUGGAUCAACAAACUCCUUGCGCCUCUCUCGGUGCAUAUCCCAGUUUCGGUCAUGCAGGAGCAGAUCACGUAUUAUAAACCUACCGACCCCUCUGCCUUCGAGACUGAUAAGCUCCCUGUAUGGAUCUGGAUGGGGGCCCAUUGUUUUUAUGGAUUCCCGAGCUACGGCGAGCCAACUAUCAAAGCGGGUCGCGAUACCUCGAACAACUUCAUGACCCCCGAAGAGCGAACAUUCGUUCACUCGCCACAGCUGCUGGACCAGCUCACGUCUUUCAUGAAUAGCUUCAUGCCGGACAAGGAACGCACUCCACUUCGCACGGUGACUUGCCAGUAUACGAUCACCCCUGAUCGGCAGUUUAUCAUCAGUCCGCUCGAAAGAUACUCGGACAUCAUUGUUGGCUUGGGUGCGGCUCAUGCUUUCAAAUUUGCGCCUGCAUUUGGCCGCGUUCUGGCAGAGUUGGCGGUCGAUGGCCGAACUAAUGAGGAUAUCUCGAAAUGGGGGAUACCUGCGGUUGCAACUCUCAACAGCAAGCUCUGA